AUGCACGCGUGGCCUUUCCGCGAGUCCCUUCCGCGCGCCCCUUUCCCCUCCGCCAUCACAGCGCACAGCCCAGCGCCGUACCUCUCUGAUCUCCGCCGCUCCCCCCACGCUAACGCAUUAUCCGCCAGCGCCGGGCUUACCCAAUACUAUGCCACGUCAUUCAUGAAACGAUCCACGUCAGACGGCGCGGGGCCCUUCCGCAUCAACAAGCGGAGAGCCGUCACGACCAGCGCGGCGGGGGAAUCGAGCCCGUGCCAAAGGCGUUUCGCUGAGCGCCAUGCAGAGCAGGGCGGUGGUGGGCAAGGGGCGCUUUGCAUAUCCCUCUCCCCUUCCUCCCCUUCCUCCCCUUCCUCCCCCCGUCCUCCUGCUCCCCACCAUAGAGGAUUUGGUGGGCUUCGAGGUGGUGGAUGCCAUAGCCCGGGCGGAGGGCAUAUCGCUGAGCGCCAUGCAGAGCAGGGCGGAGGGCAUAUCGCUGAGCGCCAUGCAGAGCAGGGCGGAGGGCAUAUCGCUGAGCGCCAUGCAGAGCAGGGCGGAGGGCAUAUCGCUGAGCGCCAUGCAGAGCAGGGCGGUGGUGGGCAAGGGGCGCAUUGCAUCCCUCCAGCCUCUUCCCUCUUCUCCCCCUCCCCCUCCCCUCGCGCCACCCCUUCCCCUCUCCCUUCCCCACCAGGUGGGCUUCGAGGUGGGCUUCGAGGUGGUGGAUGCAAUCGCCAGGGCGGAGGGCAUAAGCCUCAGCACCAUGCAGAGCAAGGCAGUGGUGGGCAAGGGGCGCAUUGCAUAUCCCUGUGCUGUCCUCUUCCUCCCGUUUCUCCCUCCUCUCCGUCCCACCAGGUGGGCUUCGAGGUGGUGGAUGCAAUCGCCAGGGCGGAGGGCAUAAGCCUCAGCACCAUGCAGAGCAAGGCAGUGGUGGGCAAGGGGCGCAUUGCAUAUCCCUGUGGGCUUCGAGGUGGUGGAUGCAAUCGCCAGGGCGGAGGGCAUAAGCCUCAGCACCAUGCAGAGCAAGGCAGUGGUGGGCAAGGGGCGCAUUGCAUAUCCCUGUGCUGUCCUCUUCCUCCCGUUUCUCCCUCCUCUCCGUCCCACCAGGUGGGCUUCGAGGUGGUGGAUGCAAUCGCCAGGACGGAAGGCAUAGCUCUGAGUGCCAUGCAGAGCAUUGCAAGGACAGUGAUGGGCAAGGGGCGCAUUUCAUAUCCCCCUGCUGUUCUCUCUUGUUACCACCUCCUCUCCUGCUUCCCUCCCCACCAGGUGGGCUUCGAGGUGGUGGAUGCCAUCGCCAGGGCGGAGGGCAUAAGCCUGAGCGCCAUGCAGAGCAAGGCAGUGGUGGGCAAGGGGCGCAUUGCCGGGUGCCCCGUGCUGCUGGUGAAGCCACAGACGUUCAUGAACCUCAGUGGGGAGAGCGUGGGACCCUUGGCUCGCUUCUACAAGAUUCCACCCGAGCGAGUCGUGGCUAUAUACGAUGACAUGGACCUCGACGUAGCUUCCAUGAAGCUCCUUGCCAAAGGGGGGCAUGGGGGACACAACGGCAUGAAGAGCAUCAUGCAACACUUUCAGGGCUCGAGAAACUUUCCCCGCCUAAGAUUCGGCAUUGGGAGGCCACCAGGGUGCAUGGAGGCCAAGGUGUAUGUGCUGCAAAAGUUCUCAGACAGGGAGAGAGACGAGGUGGAUGUGGCUAUAGAGAGGGCAGUUGACGCAGUCCGGUUGGUGGCAGCAGAGGGAAUGGAUAAGGCAGUCAGCACCUGGAAUCUUCCGCGCCGGUCAUCUGCCAACACCAAGGCGUAG